AUGUUUCCAGUGGGACUACAAACGCAGGAGGCCGAAAUCAAUUUGGUGCGCGCAACAGAGUCUUUCCCUGACAAGAUGCACUUUACAUUCGCAAAUGGAGUCGAAAACGGACCGACGACUGUCAUGGUCUGGAAGGAUUUUGUCUGUGAGGCGUUUUAUCAUCUCUCACCAGCAGAGGACGUUGCGCUCACGUCGAUUCUCUUGAGGCCUUCACCAAUCGUGGCGGUGUCCAAGGUAAACUUUAGCACUUCUAAGAGAGGCUAUGGAUCCGUGCCAAGGGUGUACGUAAAGACGGAGAAGGACAGGUCGUUUAGCCCCAAAGAGCAGCACAUUGCUGUGACCAAGAGCUUGACGGACAAGCAGUUAGCUCUGCGGUCGGACUUGAUUUCGGCUCAGGCUCAAGCGAAACACGCUGAGAAACAGCGACCGGAUCGAGCGGAACAAGGUGCUGGCGAGAGGGGAGGCGCCCGUGAGCCCUAA